AACAUCUUUGAACAUCCUCUCCUCUGGCAGUUUAUCGUGGCCCAAUCGUGACGCGCUCGCUUUUGUUCCGAUAAAGAGAGUCACGCACCUCUUAUCAGUACAAGUGCCUGGCAUUCAACUACUACCGUGCCACUUUUGGCAUUCGACUGCUAGACUUCCCUGGACGAUAGAGAAAGACGCAUACACUGUAUAUCACGUUCGCUUUCCUUGCCGCCAGGAGAUUCGACGAAUACUUCGUUUUGGACAGUGAGAUGCCUUCCGAAAGCGACCUUCUGGGACACUUUGAAGCCCUAGCGUGGCGUCCUUUGCAAUUUGUGGCUCUCCCACCGGCGAUAUCGUGUGACUUGUGCGCCGUCAUCCCCGAGAAGAUCUUCAGGCUCGAAUGUUUCCAUUUCCUUUGUGAGGGAUGUUACCAGAGCGUUCUUCAAAGCGACCGACGGUGUCCGCUCGACAAGCAAGGCUUUCUCGGAACUGAAGUGCAAACUUCACUGAUCCUAACGACCCAUCUGCAGAAACUGGAGGUGCGUUGUUGCAACUUUAACCGUGGCUGUACCUUCGUUGGAUCGCUGGAACGAAUGAAAUCCCACUACUUGAAUGACUGUGGGUUUCAUUCAUUAACAUGUAGGAAGUGCUGUGCCACGGUGCUCAGUAAAGAUAUAAUCAGCCAUUACAUGGAAGAAGAAUGCAGGGCACAAAAUGGACCGAGGGAAGAUGUUGAUAUUGACAGCAGCGUCGUCGGGAUUGGAAGAGAGAUCAACGCCUCACUAUCAGAUAUAGCGGAUAAGCUACGUGCUGUGGAAGAUCAAUUAAAUAGCCAUGCUGUGGGGAUCGACACUACGAAAGAGUGCGUCGAUAAUUAUGCGCAAGUACUCCGCACGAUUCAAGAGGAACAUAGGCUCUCCACAGAAGGUGUGUCGAACUUGGCCUCUACCCUGCAUACAGUUACGGAAGCGCUAUCUUCUAUUGAAGAGCAUUUCAGCAACGAAGUUGGACGUGGCGCCGAUGUUCAGAAUAUCGUCACUUCAAACCGGGAGAGGCUGACCGCUCUGAUCGAAUUGCAGAAAGAAGUAGCUCAGAACGUAGUGACAUUUUGUGGAGGGUGGAAACAAUCCUCCGAAAAAUUUGAAGAGAUGUCGAAACGUAUGCCAGAUCAUUUCUCCUCAACCGACAACAUACUCAGUACCACGAAAGAUAUCCUCCAAACUCUACGGGAUGCAAAUGGAUACGGACACAACGUUGCCUUUUUUCACGUCCAAGACGUCGACGAGCUUAAGAAGAAAGCAAAUGAGAAGGGGUUUGCGACAAGCUACUCUGAUGUUUUUGCGUUGUGUGGCUUCUCCGUAAAGUUAUGUGUGGAAUUCAGACAAUAUGAUGACGUCAUGUGCAUAAGCGCUGGUAUGUGCAUUUGUCGUGGCACCAAAAGCCCUGGUUGUAAAUCUUCCUUCACAUGUUGGUAUACGCUCACCUUGAUGCAUCCAACUAACGACAAAAUGAAUAUUUGUGAAUGCGCUAAUGUACCAAAUGUGCUUGAAAGGUUCCUUGAACGUUUCAAUAGGCCUGUCCAAAGUUCAGAUAUGGGCGUCCGCACCUCUCGGUUUUGUAAAUUGGAAGAUGCUCUGAAUGCAGGUUUUGUUCACAAGAACUCAAUUACUUUUGGCCUCACCGUUACGACUGCAGUCAAACCUCGCUUUACGAACACCCUUCGUUUCUCAGAAAAUCGUUCGUAAAUCGAGGUAUUCGUAAAUCGAGGUCCGAGGUGUGCAGUGCACAAAUACCUCACAAAAACACGGGAAAUUGAUUUGAAUAAGUUUUAUUUUUGAAAAUACUGCGUAAUUUUGCUUUGCACCAUACUUUCUGCAAGGUCUAUCCCGUUUAGAAGAGAUGACAGAAGUCUGACACUUGACUCAUCCACCCGGUCCUCAAAGUACCGUAUCGCGCGCGGAUGAGACCGUUUCCAACGGCAAAUAUCACGCUUGUCACCGGCUGUCAGGACUGAACGCCUUCUCUUGGAACGGCAAGAGGUUUCCAUCUCGGAGACCUGGUCCAAACUCACAACCGUUCGGCUGUAAACGUCCGAAUUAUUCUUUCAGGAAAUGGUGAAUCAUGUUUGUGGAACGUAGCGACGUUGGAACAUUGUAUGUUUGACCUUGGGCAGCAUGUACUGAGGAACUUUCAUUAUCCUCCGGUCCAUUGCCCUGUCCUCUGUACGUUCAUAACUCCUGUUCGUAUAUCGAGGUCAGAAUGGCUUGGCUACUUUGGGUCCGUUCCCUAAUAAUCCGUUCAUAGUUCGGAUAUCGACGGUUGGUAAAACGAGGUCAAAAUACACAGAAAAAGUUUGGUUCCCUGUGGAGCCGUUCGUAAGUUGAGGGAAUUCGUAUAUCGAGGGUUCAUAAAACGACGUCCGACUGUAUAUGACUCGGGCUAUGAGCCCAAAAGCACCAGCUUGCUUGUCUGGUAACCACCAUGAUGUAUAGGAUCACUGCACGAAUUUAAGAACCUGAUGCGUGUAUUCUAAAUACAGGGUGUCUACUCAAACUGUGUGUGUGUGUUUUUUUUAAUCAUGGCAAUGGUCUCUUUUUCUCUCAUUUUCCAAUCACUUAUAGGCGAUAUAUUAAUUCUUCGUUAUGCGCGCCGCCUUAUGGUGCACUAGCUACCACCUGCAGCAUUCCUCAAACUAAUUUUCAAUAAUGAACUUUUUGUUUAUGAAAGUUGGAAGUUGUGGAAAGUUGGAAGUCGGCAAUAUAUUAACCCUUGCUGCUCCGACGCUGUUUUCGGAAAAGGGAUUGAAAAAGUGACAGAUUUGGAGGCCAAAUCUUGACAACCGACCUUUUAGUGUCGAGCAUGACGAAUAUGCAAGAUGGAGCACCUUAUUUUCAUGAACCUUAUGCCUGGUCAUAUCACACCCGUGUGUUCAUGAGCACAUACUGGCUCACAUUUUGAUUCAAUGUCGAGGGUUGCACACUAACAUGUUCAGCACAUUAAAAUGUUUACAAAAUAUCAAAAAUACCUAGAUGUGCAUUACAAAUGGGCAAGAUGGAACAGCCAUUUGCAACUUGUUGACAUGGCGUCUGCCUUAGUGUUGCUCAUGUUACACCGGUGUUGUUCAUGAGCCCAUAGUGGCUCACAUUUCGAUUCGAUAGCAGGGGUUGCACACUAUAGACGUGCAUAAGAAAUUUGUAAGAUGGAACAGAGGUUUGCAACUUGUUGACAUGUUGUCGCUCAUGUCACACUGGUGUGUCCAUGAACCCAUGCAGGGUCAGAUUUUGAUUCGCUGUCACCAGUUGCAAGCUAACGUGUCCAGCACGUUGACUACAAGGGUUGCAGAAGUUGAGCGUUUGUCUAUAUAGUCAACUUUUAUUGUCGUAAUGUAUGUCCACAGCACAGACCACUUGUGUUAAAAUGGGGUAGCAGAUAUCGGGAAUGAUGUUCAAUCAGCAAGAUCACAGCAACCUGUCGUCCUGGCCUGUCAACAAGGUCGUCUUGUCUUUUGCUGCUUGAACAUCAUUAUAACCACAACACUGAUUUGUGGAUAGAACUUCCAUAUUUAUAUUAUGCAACACUUUUUUCACAUCAGUAAUGUACAGGGAAAAAUUAAACAGAGCUGCGAAGUA